ACGAUCGGAAAGGAACAGGAUAAUGGCUCAGAGUCAUGGAUGAAAAGGACAAAGUCAGAAACAAAAAGAAAAACAAAAAAGCAAACCAACUACCAGCCUUCCACAAAUAAAAAACCACCACGUGGCAACGCAAGAUUGGUCGUUUAGCCCGACCUCCAUUCUUAAGCAACCUCGGAAUACAACUGGUAGAGAGAGAGAUAUACCGAUUACUUGUACGUAUAGGCCUAAAAGUGUGUGUAUAAUUAUCUCCGAAGCUUUCCUCGCAAAAACGCCAUCCUCAUUUUUAUCUCAAAAGUCCAAAAACAUGGGUCCUCGCGUUUCUCUCCUCCCUUUCCUCCUCCUAAUUAUUCUAACCUCGUCCUUCGCCGGUAUUUUCGCCGCCGGCGACGAAUUCACUUCCGACGACAACGGCGACGUUUUGAUCCGUCAGGUGGUCGGCGAUGAUCAUGUCCAGAACGCCGAUCAUCACUUCUCCUUAUUUAAGAAGAGGUUUGGGAAGACGUAUGCCUCCCAGGAGGAGCACGAUUACAGGUUAUCGGUUUUCAAGGCUAACAUGCGCCGUGCCUUGCGCCACCAGAAGCUUGACCCUUCCGCUGUCCACGGUGUCACUCAGUUCUCCGAUUUGACUCCGGCUGAGUUCAAGCGCAACUUCCUUGGCCUGAACAGGCGGUCGCCGAAGCUCCGGCUACCGGCGGAUGCUAACAAGGCUCCGAUCCUUCCAACCGAUGACCUUCCUGAAGAUUUUGAUUGGAGAGAACACGGUGCUGUCACUCCGCCGAAGAAUCAGGGGUCAUGUGGAUCUUGCUGGUCGUUUAGCACAACUGGAGCUUUGGAAGGUGCUAAUUUCUUAGCAACGGGGAAGCUUGUGAGCCUCAGUGAGCAACAGCUCGUUGAUUGCGAUCAUGAGUGCGAUCCUGAAGAUAAAGAUUCUUGUGAUUCUGGUUGCAAUGGGGGUUUGAUGAACAGUGCGUUUGAGUAUACACUCAAAGCUGGUGGACUCAUGAGAGAAGAGGACUAUCCCUACACUGGUUCAGAUCGUGGAGCCUGCCGCUUUGACAAAAGCAAAAUUGCAGCAAAGGUUGCUAACUUCAGUGUUGUCUCUCUUGAUGAAGAGCAAAUUGCAGCAAAUCUGGUUAAGAAUGGUCCUCUUGCAGGUCAAUCUUCUUUCUUUCUCUUCAAUACCUCUGGUAUUCUGUGGACUUUCGUUAUAAUUGCCACUGCUAGUUUAUUUUCCUCGCCAAUUCUUAAUACAUACUACACCUACGAUUCGUCCAAGGAAAUGGUACCAAAUGUUUGAUCUCCUAGAAAGUUAUAUUCCUUGCAAGCAAACUAGUUGUGUUAUUUGAGUCUUUCCUCAAAUAAAAGAACACCUUUUAGAAUCUACAGUAGAUGACUUGAAAUUUUGAAGGUUAACUAUGACAUCUGAUUUCAAGCAUGCUUUUUCUUGUCAGUUACUGUAAAAGCUUUAUCACUGGUAUUUUACUGUAAAAGCUUUAUCACUGGUAUGAUUAGGAAUAAUAUAUUUAUGGCUUCAUCUCAGUUGAUGAUCAUCAUCUGGUAAACGCCCAAGUGCAACAUGCUACCACUAAAAUUUAUUUGCAUCCCUAGUGCCAAUAAUUCUUUUUAAUUCGUCAAAGAUACUGAGUUAAAAUUAAACCUAGAGAGUUGAGAUGCAGACGAGCUAUAUUUCUAAUUUGUGCUUGUUUUAGUUCCUCGCGUAGCACCUCUAUAGUUUUGCUAGUGCUGGAUGAACUUUUAUGAGUCUGGGUGUUCACAACAAUAUACUGAUACUGGUAGUUUCCCUCUGGAUGCAGUGGCUAUAAAUGCAGUUUUUAUGCAGACCUAUGUUGGGGGAGUUUCUUGCCCUUACAUAUGUUCCAAGCGUUUGGAUCAUGGUGUGCUAUUGGUCGGCUACGGUUCAGCAGGAUAUUCCCCAAUCAGGAUGAGGGAUAAGCCUUACUGGAUCAUUAAGAAUUCCUGGGGAGAACAUUGGGGAGAAAGCGGUUACUACAAGAUCUGCAGGGGGCGCAACGUCUGUGGUGUGGACUCCAUGGUUUCAACUGUUGCUGCAGUUCACUGACACCAAAAGAGUUCAAGGAUGAUACUCUUAGUUGCUCUUGUACAUAAGAGUUGGAUGAAAGCUUUCUCCAACUCCCACUGGAAUUUUAGGUUUCGCAUUCAAAAAGCCCAUGAAUUUGAUUUGGGUAAAACUGGAUCAUUGGAACAUGCAAUCAGCCGGUUCCUAUUUCCAGUUUGGUUGUUGUAAUUCUGAACUAUUCAGGUGGAAUAUUAAUGCUUUUCUAAGCAUGAUAGCAUCGCGUGUUAUCUUCUACUUAUUGCUGCUCCUGACUGGCAAUUUGAACACCACAAUCACACAAAACACAGUUUCUUGUUAAUCUUAAACUUAGCAAAAUUUUUAUUAUGAUAACUCUUAAGCUA